CGGAGUUCCCGGAUGAAGGUGACAUGUUUAUAUUACGGAGGGAGCAGAAAGAGAGACAAAAAAAUCAGCAAGCCCUGUGAUUGAUUAAAACAUGGAUAAAACUUGCUUAAUAAACAAAUCAUCUGUUCUACACCCAGUUACACAGCGUCUGUAAAUGCUGAGCGACAGAUUAUACUACCCCGUUUGUUUCGAUGCGAAGUGGUUUUGGGUUUUCAUCAAUACAAAAGUGGCAGAAAACUGGAGAAGGCCAUUGUGGGAUAUAACUCCAGAUUAGAUUUCGACGAAUGAGCGUAACAAGUGUACGUUACUUCUACUUGUUUAUGCAAUUCAGGGCUAAGCUGUAUUAAUGUCGAUGAAGAAGUAAAACGCAGUGCUGAGGAGAAACAAGGCAUCUUCCCUGCAGGGAGCACCCAAACUAACCUCAAUGUAUCCCAUGUUAACAUUUUUGAGCAUGUUUUACUACAUCUGCCUACGACGUAGAGCCAGAUCUGGUACAAGAGGAGAAAUAAUGAACAGUCGACGAGCUAUUGAGUCAAGCAACCGUAUCCUACCUCUCAGCGUUGAAGUGGUGCAGUAUGCCAAAGAAGUGGUGGAUUUCAGUUCUCAGUAUGGCAGCGAGAACAGCUUGUCCUACACUAUGUGGAAUUUGUCUGGACUGCCAAACGUUUACCCAAGUUCUGGCGAUUUCACACAGACCGCUGUGUUCCGGACCUAUGGGAGAUGGUGGGAAAAGUGCCCAAGUUCACCUCUGCCAUUCAGAAGGACUCCCCAAAGUUUUCAUAGCCAGGAAUAUGUUGAACUGGUAUUUGAGGAGGCCGUGUACCCAACAGCUAUUGAUGUCCUGGAAACGUAUCACCCUGGGGCAAUUAUUAGGAUCUUAGCUUGCUCAGCAAAUCCUUAUUCUCAGACUCCUCCAUCAGAAAUUAGAUGGGAGACACUAUGGGCAGGUGAUCCUGAGAAAGUGAAUAUCUCACAGGCUCGCCAAUUUACACCGUGCAUUAAACAACUUAACUUCAUGACAAACUUGAUUCGCUUGGAACUGAACAGUUCUCACCUAGAUUACUAUACAGAGUUGGAUGCUGUCCUGUUACAUGGUGUUAGGGACAGGCUUCUUUCCCUGCAUAAGCCAUCUAUGUUAGACCUGGAAGACGAUGACAAGGAUGACCAUAGUUUAGAGUUCUUCAAUGGGCGAUUCACUGGAAUAACCUUGCCUGAAUACACCAAGAGUGGUUACUUUGAAAAACUGCCUUAUGAGUUAAUCCAGCUGAUACUCAGUCACCUGACAGUGCCAGAUCUUUGCCAGUUGGCACAGACCUGCAAAUUGCUGUACCAACACUGCUAUGAUCCUCUUCAGUAUGUUCAGCUCAGUUUACAACCUUACUGGGCGGGUCUGGAUGAUACCUCUCUGGAGCACCUACAGUCACGCUGCGCUCUUGUGCAGUGUUUAAAUCUGUCUUGGACUGGGAAUAGGGGAUCUAUAUCCAUGCAAGGAUUCAGCAGAUUCAUGCAAGUGUGUGGAUUUGAGCUGGUGCGUCUGGAGUUGGCCUGCUGCCACUUCCUGAAUGAAACUUGCCUCGAGGUUAUUGCUCAGAUGUGCCCAAACCUCCAGGAGCUGAACCUUUCAUCCUGUGAUAAACUAAACACUCGGGCUUUCUGCCAUAUUGCUAAGAUCUCAGGUCUCCGACGUCUGGUCGUUUACCGCACAAAAAUUGAGCAAACAGCACUGCUCAGCAUUCUGAACUUUUGCUUGGAACUUCAGCACCUCAGCCUUGGCAGCUGUGUCAUGGUUGAUGACUAUGACCUUGUGGCUAGUGUGAUUGGUGCCAAGUGCAAAAAGCUACGAUCACUAGAUCUGUGGAGAUGUAAAAAUAUCACAGAAAAUGGCAUAGCCGCUAUAGUAUCAGGUUGCCGGCUCCUGGAAGAACUGGACCUUGGAUGGUGCCCGACGUUACAGAGCAGUACAGGAUGCUUUAUAAAGCUUGCUCGCAAACUACCCAACUUGCGCAAGAUCUUUCUGACAGCCAAUAGAUCUGUUUGUGACACAGAUAUCGAGGAGCUGGCGACAAAUUGCCCUCAUCUGUUCCACGUGGAUAUAUUAGGAACCCGAAUGGUGAGCCCUGGGGCCUUACGAAAGCUGCUACAGUUCUGUAAGGAGCUCUGUCUGCUAGACGUUUCCUUCUGUUCCCAGAUUGAUAGUCGAGUGGUGCAAGAACUGAGUGCCAACUUCCCAAAUGUGUCAAUUAAGAAGAGUUACACCCAGUGACCAACCUUACUGUUCUCAUUGCCCAAAGUGAUUAAUCAGCUCUCUUGUCCUGUUUUGGUUUCUGGGGUUUAACAAAAUGAAUCUUAACUCAAAGCUUAAUUCCUUUGCCAUUUGGCACCAUUCCCACUGCAGUCCUUCAUCUUGGGAAGGUGCCAAAAGGUGUAAUUAUUGCAAUCAAUGCAGAGUUGAUCUGGGCUCUCACAACUAAAUUAAUGAUGACAAUAUGAAGUGAAUGAGUUAAAGUGCAAGGAACGAAACAUGUGUCUUUCUCAUAACCCAGUAAGUAUAUGAAGGAAGUAUAAGGUAAAUGGAUCUGUCAUUAACUGUGUUUCUACUAUAAAUUGCUUCAGUAAAAAUGAGUAAAAUUUCAAAAUAGCUAAGGAACUUUUUUCUUCCCCAAACAUAUUUUUUUUAAAUGCCUCAAGGUUUUAUAUUUCUCAGUUAUAGAGUAGCUCCCUUUAGUAGAAUGGGUUUAAAGCAGAGUUGAUACAAAGGAUGUUUAGAUAGAAGGGUGGUGAUGCACCGUUUUAAAGCUUGCAUUGAGAAUCUGUUUUGCAUUCUAAUAAUUAGAUUGUUCACUGAGCAAAGUAUUUCAAAAAUGGUGUUCCUACUACAAAUUAAAAUUUCCAGUGCUGAAGGUGAGACAUUUUGAUGUAUCAUUGGCUGACCCUCAAGUUGAGGAUGACGUCUACUCAGGGUCGCAAGUUUCUGUCAUGAGUCUUCUUGUGGUUGAACAGGCCAAUUUUAAACCCGCAGAUCUUUGGGCACAUGGGGCAGGACAUCCCAUGAGGUACUAGGAUCCAGAGUGCAGGAUUUGCUUCCUUUUCUUUCCUUCCCUGCCGCCGCUCUGCCUCAUCAUUAAGGCUUUGGGACUCGAAGCAUGAUGCAGCUUGAUGGAUAAGUUAUCGCCAUUCUGAAGGAUUGGUAGCAAGCUCCUCCCAGCCAUUAAGGUCAAUGCUGCCACGCUUCAAGGAGAGCUUUAGAGUGUUUGAAGCGUUUUAUUUAUCCUCCCCUGGAACUUGGCCAUUUGAGAGUUGAGUUGAUAUGGCCAGACUUUCAAACAACUUUGGAGGGAAAUCUUGAAAUUUUGGAAUGUCGCUACACUGAUGUUUCACACAUCACAUUAUCCCUGUAUAAAAAUCUUUUACCCAUGUUGUGGGAUGGAACCUUGUUAGAAAAAUAAAUUUAUGCAUGAUACA